GUGACAAUGGUAAUUUUUAUUUCGUCAUUUCUGCAAAACGGGACUUGUAACAGAAGCAAUUCAGUCUUAGAAAACUGCAUCUUAUGACCGGAUCUUUUCUUAAAAGGUGAGGCCAGCAUGGGAGGAGGUAACUCCAAACCUAAACCCAACAAUGGCAUCUCCUCUACCAUCGCCCCGAUGACUACUAGCUCCGCACCCUGUCUCUCCAGCCUUCCCAACACAGCACAUUUAAUCUUGGCCUUUUCUGCUGGGGUUCUACUGACACUGCUGCUGACAGCCAUCAUCUUCCUCAUCAUUAAGAGCUGCAGAAAAUAUCACUACAGUUCCCAGGUCCCAGAUCCUGCCUCAGAUUCUCCUGCCAAGCAUUCAUCCAUACCAGAGGACUCGCUAACCUACGCCAGCAUGACUUUACAGUCCUUGGGAGAAAAGAGCAAUCACUUGACUGCAAACCAUUCUGCAGACUUAGACCCUGUCGUCUAUGCUCAGAUUAAAGUGACAAGCCAGUGAGACUUGAAUCCAGUUCCUCUCAUCUCAGCAUAUUACUUUUCCCUUUUCUACACUCUUCGGACUGCAGCCCAUGAGAACAUGCAGAGUUGUUUAGGUCUGACAGUACUAUCCAGAAGUUUCCAAGACCAGUAGUCAGUCAUUUUCCUGGCCAGAGGAAAGGUUGUUGGACCUUCCCACUUGAACCGACAGACUGACAACUCCUUGUGGUCCUCCCCUGUAGCCUCCCAAAGUGUGUGACACAGAGCUCAGUGUGCAAAAGAUAGUUCCCAAAAAGAAAAAAGAAAAAAAAAAGGUAGUCCCCAGUGUCAUUGAUCAACUACGGAGGAGUCAUCCCAAUAAAUAAUGUCAAGAAUUUCAAAUAAAGGCAAACCCUUCCCAAAUGUUGACUCCUUCUUCAUCAGUAAUUAGUCUGUCCCUGUCACCUUCUCCAGAAGUCAGCACCAGAGUUCUACACAAAUACAAAGUCCAUAUUUAUACAAUAAAUUUGUACUUUAUUAUAUAAAGCACUAUUCAAAUGUGAGUUUCCACCUCCUUCCUAUGGCAUAAGCAAUAUGCAUAACAACCUUAUAU